AUGAUUGCGAUUGGUUUUGAGGGUUCAGCAAAUAAAUUAGGAAUAGGCAUUAUAGAACACAAUACUGAAUCAGGCGUAGUAAAUAUAUUGGCAAAUAUACGACACACACACGUUACACCCCCAGGAACAGGAUUUUUACCGAGGGAUACUGCUGUUCAUCAUAGGGAGCAUAUCGUACCGGUUGUUAAAGAAGCUUUAAAAACUUCUAAUGUUCAAAUUAAGGAUAUCGAUGUUAUCUGUUAUACCAAAGGACCAGGAAUGGGAGCUCCCUUAGUUUCUGUUGCAGUUGUCGCUCGAACUUUGGCGUUAUUAUGGAACAAGCCAAUUGUAGGAGUAAAUCAUUGUAUAGGACAUAUUGAAAUGGGGAGGGAAAUUACUAAAGCCGAUAAUCCUGUGGUAUUAUAUGUUAGUGGAGGAAAUACUCAGGUAAUCGCAUAUUCAGAGCACAGAUAUCGAAUAUUUGGAGAAACCCUCGAUAUUGCGGUUGGUAAUUGUUUAGAUAGAUUUGCAAGGAUAUUAAAUUUAUCCAAUGACCCAAGUCCAGGUUAUAACAUUGAACAACACGCAAAAAAAGGAAAAAAGUUUAUCGAAUUACCUUAUACCGUAAAAGGAAUGGACGUAUCAUUUUCAGGGAUUUUAUCAAAUAUAGAAACCAUCAAAAAUGAACAAUCGUGUUCCCCUGAAGAUUUGUGUUUCUCUUUGCAAGAAACUGUUUUUGCCAUGUUGGUUGAAAUUACUGAAAGAGCCAUGGCACAUAUUGGCAGUAAAGAGGUGUUAAUUGUUGGUGGCGUUGGAUGUAAUUUGAGAUUACAAGAAAUGAUGGCACAAAUGGUUGAACAACGUGAUGGAAAAGUUUUUGCUACCGACGAAAGAUUUUGUAUUGAUAAUGGAAUUAUGAUAGCUCAUGCUGGUUUGCUUGCUUAUAGAACUGGUUUUAUUACUCCAUUAGAAAGAUCAACUUGUACUCAAAGGUAUGUGAUGUUAAUUUGCUUUUGA